AUGAAUUUAAAACAGGCCAUGGCCCACGGCGUCGUAGUCGAAAAAACGCACAGAGUAUUAGAAUUUCGCCAAUCACCAUGGCUGGCUCCGUACAUAAAUCUGAACACGGAAUUGCGGAAGCAGGCGAAAAACAAAUUCGAAGAAAAGUUUUUCAAAGAUUUAAAUAAUUCAGUGUACGGGAAAACUUUCGAGAAUAUGCGCCUAUGA